AACAUGUACUGUUCCGAAUAACUGCACACGACUCGGUGGAGGCAGUCUGACAUCGUGCCAUGCAUCCUCGCCGGGCAGUGAGCAAGUUUUGACAGAUCCCGGCGCUAUCAAGUGUCCGUUCAGUCCGAGCACGCAAGCUACUUCUGUCAGCUUCAUGCACGUUACGCCAUCUCACCAACAGCUGCGCUUCUCUCCUACAGUUAUCGACAUCGUCGGCCACCUGUCUUUUGUGGUACUCAGGGCCUCGGGCGUCUGUGACAUGUGGUAGGUGCCACAUUGCACCUCUUCCAUUUGCCACAUCUCAGUUACCUCGUGAUGGAUCUCUUUCGGCGACACGAAGGGCAUCAAGAGGUGGACUCGAAGUCAUACUGGGCCCUUGGGUAUUCGUUCGAGCCUUUGAAUGACGAGCAGAAGCACCAGCGCCGCGAGAAUCUCGACUAUUACGGUUUCGCGGCGCAAUGGUCUGUUCUGAUCAUCUUCGUACUGUUCCAGAUGUCAUUCGGCAUCAGGUGGAUCGUCACCAAAGGCAUGCGCUAUGAGCAGCCAAAGUCACCUUCGUUCAACAAGGGCAGAGAGAAGACCCUGGGGUGGCUAAAGAGUCUGCAUAGUCGCUAUGCGAGGACGACGUGGUGGAUGCAGAAAGAUGUAGUUCAGAGAGGGGAUUGGGGGACAAGAGGAGAGUGGAUUGGCGGAACACUAUGGACCGCGUGGCUACUCUAUCUGUGUUUUGUCAACACUUCGCCUGAUUAUCUUCAUCUGACCAAGCGCUUCGGCCAGAUUGGAGCCUCACAGCUUCCUCUGCACUACCUUCUCGCUAUGCGAACACCAUACUCGCCAGUCCAGUGGAUCACGCGUCUCUCGCACGAGCAGCUCAAAGCCGCCCAUCAAAUCCUCGGCCGCAUCGUUUACCUGCUCUUCAUCCUGCACGCAGUCUUCUACUUCGUCUUCUUCGCCAUGUCCGGCUUCCUCGCCAAACGCAUCAAAGACUGGGAUGUCAUCUUCGGCAUCUUCUCUCUGACCCUCUUCGCCGCCAUCAGCACAACAGCACUCGGCUUCGUGCGCCGAAGGAAUUAUCGCGUCUUCUACAUCUCGCACAUCGCCAUCGCAAACUUCAUCAUCGUGCCCAUGUACCUCCACGUUUCGCAUAUCCGGCUCUACGUCUACCAAAUCAUCAUAGUAGAAUGCUUACACCUAAUCUUCCGUGCCAUACGGCUGAAGAUGUACCAAGGCACUCUGCGCCUCCUGCCCGGCACCAACCUAGUCCAGAUCCGCAUUCCGCUCCCCGACAACCACGCAGCCCUGGACUGGCACCCGGGUCAGCACGUCUACCUCACGCGCCCCUGGGGCAGCGCGAAGGCGCCGAGUUACUAUCAGCAAUGGUUGAUGGUGAACAAAUCCAACCCCUUCACCAUCGCCUCGCUUCCCGCCGUGGACCGGGAACUCCUCCUCGUCGCGCGCACACUCAACGGGAAUACCAAGCACCUCGGCGCGCUCGCGCAGAAACUCGCGCAGGGAGGUAGCGGGCUCCCAAUGUUACCCACCGCAACAGGAGACAUACCGAUCUUACCCAUUGCGCUCGAGGGCCCAUACGGUGCAUCGAACCGGCUCCCGGACCUGAGUGAUUUUGAUAAAGUGCUGCUGGUGGCUGGAGGCGUGGGCGCGACGUUUGUAAUGCCGCUGUACCGCGCUAUUGCGGAGUACCACGAUACCACGCCCGGCGCAACACAAGUCCGGUUUGUCUGGGCGGUGCAGAAACUCGCCGACACGCAGUGGGCGUUCCCCGACACUCAGACUGAAGGUGAGGAUGAAAGGGAUGAGGCGAGAGAAGAGGCGGUGGGGAAUGGGUUGUUGAAUAAAGCGAGUACGGUCGAGGUCUACGUCACCCGUCCCUCCGGCGGCUCCCACAACACUGCUCCAUCGACAAGUCCCAUCUUCGCUGUGGACGACGACGACGAGGGCGAGCAGUUCGAGAUGCAGGAGAAUGAGCAGUUGUUGAGUAUGGAGGAGCAGAUGGAGCGGCCGCGGAAGGGCAUGACUGUCAAGAGUGGACAACCGAAAAUGGGCGGGAUUGUGGAUGAGGUGUUUAGCCGGGGAAUCAGGACGGCGGUGAUUUGUUGCGGGCCGAAGAGGUUGACGGAGGAUUUGAAGAGGAGUGUGGAGGUGUAUGUGAAGAAGGGGCAUGAUGUGUAUUGGUAUGAUGAGACGUUUGGGUGGUGAAGACGAUACCGAUACGCAUCGGAUUUGUCAUGAUUUCCGAAUAUACAUCUGACUUUGAUAUGACCGUUUGUCUAGAGGGACAGUGGCGAAUUUUUACUUCCGAUUCAAAAAAAAAAACGGCUUUUCGAACACUUCCGCCCAAG